AUAAUAAUAAGAAUCAUGGGAUUCUCUGAGAAGCCACCACAAAUAACAGAAGGAGGAGGAGGGGUAGACUCAGAUAACAAUAACAGAAAAUGGGUCAUCGCCGGAACGUCUUUGAGAGCGCCAUUGAAGCCAAUUUACACCGUGAUUCCGGUGGAUCAGAAAGCUAAACAACAAGAAGAACAACAAGAAGAAGAGUUUUCAACUUCAACAACUCCAACGGGAAAAGAAGCAAGGGUUCCAACAACUUUGAAGUGUCCACCGGCUCCGAGGAAGCCAAAAUCUUCUCUCAAGUGCAACUACCACGGCGCCGGCGGUGGAGCUAGGGAGUUCUUCACUCCGCCGGACUUAGAAACUGUCUUCAUUCGCCAUGUUGUUGAAAGGGCUAAUUGAUU